UAUUAUUCUUUAAUCGAGCACCCGCACGCGAUUUUUGUGUAUUUUUUCUAAAAGUACGAAUUAAAUACACUAAAAUGUUAAAUUUAUUAAAUAAAACCGGCCUAAGGCUGCUUCCUUCUGUGCGAUCAAUAACGUUAACGGCAUCAGCUAGAACAGGCACUGAGCAGAUGAUUAAAGAAGAACCAACAAAGCCAGUAGCUAAAUCUAACUCCCCGGCAUUAAUUUUGCCACAAAGCUAUGAGCAGUAUUCUCCGCUGAAUCUUAAAGAUUGCAGACAAGCCUGGAUAGAGAAUUUGGAUAGUGUGGCUGAAGAAAAAUUAGGUUUAAUUGAAUUACACCCGGAUAUAUUUGCCACACAACCCAGAGUGGAUGUGAUACAGGAGAAUAUUGAGUGGCAGCGUAAAUAUCGUUAUGUAAGUUUUGCCUCCACCAAAUCUAGAGCAGAAGUACGUGGUGGCGGCCGUAAGCCUUGGCCCCAGAAAGGUGGCGGUAGAGCUAGACAUGGUUCUCUAAGAUCACCACUUUUAAAGGGCGGUGGCAUUUCACAUGGUCCCCGCUCACCUACUACCCACUUCUAUAUGUUGCCAUUUUUCAAACGAGUAUUGGGUUUAACAUCUACUUUAAGUGUUAAACUGGCUCAAGAUGAUUUACAUAUUGUCAAAGAUGUUGAAAUACCAAGUACGGAUCCUGAAUUUAUUCUCGAUUUAAUAAAGGAAAGAAAUUGGGGUCCAUCGGUAUUGAUAGUUGACAAGAAUGAUAUCUUUCCCGAAAACAUUUGUUACGCUACGGAUCAAUUGGGAUUCGUCAACAUAAUGCCGGCUUAUGGCUUAAACUGCUAUUCCAUGUUAAAACAUGACACUUUGGUGUUGACUGUAGAUGCCGUUAAACAUAUUGAAGAACGUUUGUUGUACCAACUCCAUCGCACGGAUGGACAUGCCAAGGAAAAGAAAUUCAAAUUAGAUCAAGUUUAGAUUUCGUGUGUAUAUUUUUUUUUUAUUUGGAAUUGUUUUUAUUCGAAUAAAAAAUUAAAAAUAUGA